AUGGCCAAGUAUCAGGUCGGGCAGAAAGUCGAAUACACUGCCAUUGGCGGCGGAAACGUUGAAAACUCUUCUACUACCGGAGAGAUUAUUGAAGUCAUAACCGAGCCGGAACCUGCCGGGACAACAGGCAAAACUGUUAAGGCUUCCGAAGAUGAACCUCGUUACUUGAUUAGAAAUGAUAAUACUGGCAAGGACACAGCUUACAAAGCUGAUAAUAUCGUUAGAGUUAUCUAG